GCCCAGUCAACUAGUAGAUUCCGUUCUAUCGCCGGUGAGCAGAAAUGAGCCAUGAACUGAAAAAUAUAGAAAAACUGAACUCCCUGAAUGAGCUGACGGGUUUGGUGCAGUGUUUGGUGCAUCGAAACACAUUAAUCGACCUGCGCAAUGAAACUUCCGUAGCUGGGACCAUAGUACACGUUGAUGGUUUCAUGAACAUCACAAUGGAAAACGUUGUGUACAUCGAUCAACUCGGAAAACAAUUCCCGAUGGACACUUUCAUGAUCUACCCGCAGUACAUACGCUACGUGCACAUACCGAAAGGGAUGAACAUCAGGCACGCUAUACAGGAGCACAUUGCAUCGAAUACAGCUGUGAAGCGGGAAAAGAAGCAUCGAACCUUCAAACAGAAGCGCGCCCAAGACAAUCAACUUCUUACAUUGGCCGAAAAUAACAUGCUAUGAAUCCGAAAUAACACAGUAAAGUGAGUGAAAUGGAUGCCAUAAAUUUAUUACGAAAAACAGGCUUGUUUUAUUGUCUUCGUAAUACGCGUCCAGAAUACAUUCACCAAACCGAGCCGCUAUUAAACUCGCCCUCUUCAAGGAAAUAAUACAAACAUUAAUGCUUCCCUGGAACCAUUUAUGAGUACUCUGUGUAGUUAGCACGACAAUAAGUACGUUGAAGGAUUAAAAGAGUUGGAAUAGAAAUCUACCUUGGACAAAUAAUUAUCCAUUCAGACCAUUUCGACAGCCAUUGCGACACCCAUGCCGCCACCGACGCAGAGCGAUGCGACUCCCUUCUUACCACCAGUACGUUUAAGUGCGUA